UUACAACAGAUAUGAAAGCCACAGGGUCCUUUUUUCUUGUCAUUCUGGUAAUGAUUUUGCCUGUACAAGGUCAACUGAAAACUGGGUUUUACUCUUCUUCAUGCCCAAAAGCUGAGGCCACAAUCAGGUCCACGGUUGAAUCAUACUUCAACAAAGAUCCUACCAUUGCAGCUGGCCUGCUUAGGCUCCAUUUCCAUGACUGCUUUGUUCAGGGUUGUGAUGGGUCGGUUUUGGUUACGGGCUCGUCCGCGGAGAGAAAUGCAUUGCCAAAUCUUGGGUUGAGAGGAUUUGAAGUAAUUGAUGAUGCAAAAGCACAACUAGAGGCCUUGUGUCCUGGAGUUGUCUCAUGUGCUGAUAUACUUGCACUGGCUGCUCGUGAUGCUGUUGACUUGAGUGACGGUCCAAGUUGGUCAGUGCCCACUGGAAGAAGAGAUGGCAGGGUCUCUUUGUCAUCUCAAGCAUCAAACUUACCAUCUCCUCUUGAUUCUGUUGCUGCCCAAAGGCAAAAGUUUGCUGCUAAAGGCCUUGACGAUCAUGAUCUUGUAACUCUAGUUGGGGCACAUACUAUUGGUCAAACAGACUGCACAUUUAUCAGAUACCGUCUUUACAAUUUCACAGCAACUGGGAAUUCUGACCCGACCAUAAACCAAGCCUUCCUAGCACAACUCCAAGCUCUUUGCCCCAAAGAUGGAGAUGGCUCUAAGCGGGUGUCGUUAGAUAUAGGCAGCCAGACUAAUUUUGAUGUUUUCUUCAAGAAUGUGAGGGAUGGCAAUGCCGUUCUGGAGUCAGACCAGAGGCUUUGGGGUGAUGCUUCAACUCGCAACAUAAUGCAAAACUAUGCUGGCAACAUAAGGGGGUUGCUUGGAUUUAGAUUUGACUUUGAAUUCCCAAAAGCUAUGAUCAAAAUGAGUGGCAUUGAGGUGAAAACUGGUGCACAAGGAGAGAUUAGAAAAGUGUGCUCAAAAUUUAACUAGUCACCCAAAAAAGAGCAGCAAGGGCCUUGUAACUCAAUGGGUAAGAACAGUUAUUCAUGCACCCGAGGUCCUGUGUUCGAAUUCCUCUAUUAGUAUUGCUUGUAUUAAAAAAAGGCUAAGAAAAAGGAUGAUGUGUAAUAAAAUAAGAAAAGUGCAUGUGUGAUAUAUGUGACACCUUUGGAUUGCCAAAAAAAGUAAAGAUAUAGUGGAACA